AUGACGUCACAGACAGCGACACCUCUUCAGCAUACGAGUAUUCUUCCCUUUAUGUCAGACAAACAACUUGCGUUAUUUGUUCCGCUCGUGGUUUAUUGGGUAUAUUCGGGGUUUUACCACCUAAUUUCAACUUUGGAGAUUCCACUUUUUGAAAAAUAUCGACUUCACAGUGUUAUUGAAACAGAAACAAGAAACAAAGUUUCACAGAGUGAAGUUAUUCGAGCAGUUUUAUUACAACAGUUUUUACAGACUUUACUAGGGUUCUUGUUAGUCGUUGUUGAAGACGAAGACGUAAUGUUGGACGACGCGGUUGAAAUGCUAGUCUACCAACAAAUAUUAAAAUCAAUAUUAACAACCUUUGAUAAAUGGAAUGUGCUUGAACCUUUCCAUAAUUCUGUAGUAAAGACGGUAUACUGGUAUUUAAUUCCAUUCUCACGAUUUCUUUUUGCCAUGAUUUUUCUGGACACGUGGCAAUAUUUUAUGCACAGGUUCUUUCAUCAAAAUAAAUUUCUCUAUAAACAUAUUCAUUCAUUACAUCAUAGAUUACAUGCUCCAUAUGCUUUUGGUGCACUUUAUAAUCAUCCCGUAGAAGGGUUUUUGAUGGAUUCCGUAGGUGCUGGAUUAGCGUUUAAAUUAUCAGGAAUGACAACUCUUGUCGAUGAUCAUUGCGGUUACAACUUGCCAUUUAAUCCGAUUCAAAAAAUCUUUGGCAAUAAUUCAGCCUACCAUGAUAUUCAUCAUCAGGCGUACGGUAUAAAAAUGAAUUUUUCCCAACCAUUCUUCACCAUAUGGGAUCGAAUUCUCGGAACUUAUUUAUCAAAACCUCCAAAAGUUUUAUUAUCAACCGAGAAUCAAUCUCUUUCUCAGACGACCACCAUUCAUAGCCUUACAUUAAAGGACAAUGGAAUGAUUGAUGAACCCAAGGUUUAUGAAAUGCAACGAUUCGUUUCUGUGAGAGAUUCGCCUGUCAGAUAUGACCUGAGACCACGAAAAACCCUCUCGUCGAUUUAA